AUGUGCAUAGUGAACUUAUUGUCGAUCCAAUGUUGUCCCAAACUAGGCGUACAGUUCGCCGUCUGUCCGAUGUUGGUUCAAUUCUGUGGUUCAAACUGGGCGGCUGGAGCGGAGACACGGCCGCGGCGAACGCUGUUGUGUCGGAAAAGCGCGGGGCGGGGUGUGCGCGCGCGCACGCUCAGUCGGCACACCGCCCGGGCGGGCGCCACACGACCGGAGUCUGCGCUAGCGGAAGGCGUCGCGUGCGAUAUAAUUUCAGUGAAAUACAACCGCGGUCGCGCCUAUGAGACCGUUGAAAACGCGAGCGCACGAUUCUGUGAAUCAAAUACGAGUAAAGUGAACGAGUCUCGAGUGCAGAGCACGACGACGGACGGCGCACAACGAGAGAGCGAUUUGGGUUCGAAGAACCCCUACUACGAAACGAUUCGAGUUUGGUGCCGAAGCCGCUGCUUCCUCGCCCCCUCGAAAUAUUGUAAAAAUCGCUCUGUGACUGUCAGGCAACAAGCAAACCUGCACCGCUCUUUA